AUGGAUGUCCUUGCUACCCUCGACCCCAGGCUCCGUUUUAAGACCACCGAUCUCAACGGAAUUCAAUACAGAUAUAUCCACGCAGAGCCGGAUUCGGGCAAAUCUGCUGGUCCCGUUUUCCUCAUCCAUGGAUGGCCCGAUUUGGCCCUGGGCUGGGCCAACCACAUCCCCUUCCUCCUAUCCAAGGGUCUGAGCGUCGUCGCGUUGGACAAGAUAGGGUAUGGAGGAACUGAUUCACCCGAGGACGUCGAGUUCUAUACUUGGAAGCGCGCUGCAGACGAUAUCGCCACACUUGCAAGCCAACUUGGCCUUUCCCGAAUCAUUCUCGGCGGACACGAUUUUGGUGGAGCAGUGGUCUAUCGCACCGCCAUCUGGCACCCAGACCUCGUUGCAGCCUUCUACGUGCUCAACACGCCCUUCGCAGCUCCCACGGCCUCGUUUGUAGAUCUCGCCUAUGAAUGGCCUGGAUUCAAAUACCAGCAGCAAUUCCGCACAAGCGCCAUUGCGGAUUAUGUUGGGCCGGCUGAUGCUCAAAACACCACGCGCAUUCGACAGAUCCUGAACAACGUCUACGGGGUAAUUGGCCCCAACGGCGAACAGCCUAGCAACGUCACAGGUAUUGGAUUUUACUUUGAUCUGCUUGAUCUUGUAACUACGGACACACCGCUUCUCACCAAGGCGCAGAUCGACUUCUACGUCGAUGAAUACACCAAGAAGCCAAUCAAUCACACGCUUAAUGAGUAUCGCAACAACAAGCUGAACUGGGAAGAUGAGCGGGUACUUAUUCCUGACAACACCACUUACAGCGGCAAGUUCAAGCAACCUGCAUUAUACAUCGCUGCAACCCAGGACCUAACGCUGCCCCCGGCUUUAUCUGAGGGGAUGGAAACGUACUUUGACAGCCUGAGCCGGGGUGAGAUCGAUGGUGGGCACUGGGCGAGGUGGGAGAACCCUCUCGAGGUUGAGCACUAUGUCGGAAACUGGUUGGCUACGUCGGUUUUUGGUAAUGCUUCCCUGAACCUUACUGCAGGGCUCGGCCUUGGAGCACCCUGA